AUGGCCUCGCACCGGGCGCUGCUGCUGCUGCUCCUCGCCGCCGCGCUCGUCGCGGCGCUGACCGCCGUCGCGUCCGCCGAGGAUGCCAAGCCCACCAUCCUGACCCCCGUGGCGCAAACCCCGCUGGGGUCCUUCGACGGCGACAAGCCGGCCUCCAACGACGACACCGUCGACGACGACGAGGACGCUGCGCCCGUCGGCGCGCCCAACGGGGCCACCAUGACCGAGCCCACCGACGUCCCCGCGCCGCCCGGCGCCGAAGCCACCGCUGGCGGCGCCGAAGCCAGCAACGCACCAGCCGCGGCUGCGGCGCACGUCUGCGCCGCCGCCGUGGCGGUCGCCGUGGGAGCCUUCGCCUCCUUCUGA